GAUUUUUUACGGUCCUCCCAGGUUUUUAUAUGCUGUGGAGGGUGGUUGCCGUAGCAGCGUCACUGUGGGCUCGCAGCCAUGAGGUUAAUCAUCCUCUUCUCUCUUGGCCUCGUCGUGGUACUAGCUGCACCGCAGGUCGAAGAUCGAGACAAUGAUGGCGGCGAACGCGACCGAGACGAUGAUGAUGAUGAUGAUGACGACAAGGAUGACGAUUUGAGACUUGAACGGGAAAACAGACGCGAAAGCGAUAGGAGUGAUGACGUCAGACUAAAUAACGAACAAGACGAAAGCAGACGAAAUAAUAACUGGCAAGAUAACAGCAGACGUGAUAACGAUUGGGGAGAAGAAAGCAGACGAGAUAACGACUCACGAGACAAAUAUAGACGAGACAGUGACUCACUAGACGUAUAUAGACAAGAUAAUGACAGACUAGAAGUAAAUAGACGAGAUAAUGACAAACUAGAAGAAAAUGAACAAGAUAACGACUGGCAAGAAGAAAGCAGACGAUGUGGUUGCAAUAAGUGUUGUAAAAAAGAUAAAUGUGGUCGUGGUUGCGGUAAGGGUAAAAACAGGCGUAAUGACGAUAGUCCUGACGACGAGGUAGGUGACGAAAGGCUUGAAGAAAACACACAGGAUGACUACAGACGAUGUGGUUGUAAAAAAAAACAUGAAUGUGGUUGUAAAAAAAAUAAAUGCGGUUGCGGUAGGGGUAAAAGCAGGCGUGAUGACAGUCCUGAUGACUGUCGCUGCGGUAGAGGUAGUAGCAGACGUGAUGACGAUAGUCCUGAUGACAGCAGACAAGACGGAGAUAAAAAUAUUCAAGAAAGCGAGAAAUUGAAUGUAGACGGUCGAAGAAAUUAUGACUGGCAAGAUAACGAUAGGCGAGAUGACUACAGACCUGAUGACGACAGACGUGAAAGAAGAAGCAACAACGAGGCUGAAAAUUCUGAAGCAUGGAACGCAGACUGGCAGAUUUGAUACUAGCUGGUUACAUUUUUCUUCUUUUACUCCAUGUCCAAAAAUACGUCAUGCAAGAUGGUCGCUUUAUUUUUUAUUUAAAAAAAUAAUGAAUUUCAAUGUAAAAGUUAUUGAAACAUUAUAACCAUUGUAUACA